GCUGCGGUGAUACGGUGAUGCGAGACCGAUUCCACCGCGAAGAGAGCUCCCGCCAAAAACCCACGAUUGUGCAAUCCCGUCGAUUACGGCGGCAGAAGUAGCAGUAAUGUCGUCGGUCGACCGGAGUACGCUUCUUGACAAGGACAAACUGAGAAAGAAGUUCGAUGUCUCUCACUUCGACCUCAACGCCAUCAUCCGAGGGGUUCAACUGACGCUGGUCGGCGCCCAUCGAGCACUGCAGAACCCAGAAAUCUUCACUUCCCAGCACUACAAGCAGGCAGCCGUCGCUGUUGCCGCGGGCCUUGCCAUCCGCCUGUUGAUAGCCUUUCCCAUCCUCGGCAUCAAGAUCCUGCUAUGGGCCCUCUCCCUCGUACUCCCGCUCGACCGCGUGAGCUGGGACGACGCGCUGGUCGACGGGCUCACCUUCAUCGAGGAGCACCUGCUGCAGGCGCCGCUCUUCCUCAUGAGCCUGAUGCGCUACGUGACGCCGGCGCUCGACGACCUGUUCAUGGACUCGCUGCGCUGGGUCGACCAGACCUACGCGGCCAAGCACCGGCACGACCCGGACCCCUCGCGCCUGCGCGCCAUGUACUACCCGCAGCUGCGCCUGUACCGCCCCACCGACGGCCGCACGCACUCGUCCGGCGCCGACGAGUCGGCCACCAUUUUCCUGUACCGCUUCGCGCGCAAGGGCGCCAUCUCGAUCGCCGUCUUCGCGGCGUCCUACCUGCCGCUUGUGGGCAGGCUCGUGCUGCCGGCCGCCAGUUUCUGGACGUUUAAGGGCGCCGUCGGGCUGGGUCCGGCGAGCGUCAUCUUUGGCACAGGACUGCUCCUGCCGAGGCGGUACCUGGUGAUUUUCCUGCAGACUUACUUCGCCUCGAGGAGCUUGGUGAGGGAGCUGUUAGAGCCUUAUUUUGCGCGGAUCAAGUUCACGAAGGACGAAAAGAAGAAGUGGUUCCGGAGCCGGGAGGGCCUGCUGUUUGGCUUCGGGAUUGGGUUCUACACCUUGCUGAGGGUCCCGCUGCUGGGGGUGUUAAUCUAUGGCAUCGCCGAGGCGAGCACCGCGUAUCUCAUCACCAAGGUGUCCGAUCCGCCUCCGCCUCCUUCACAGAGCCAGGGGUUUGCCGCGAGCCAGACCGAGUGGAGGAACAAGCAGAAGUUCCUCAGUCUGUCCCUGUGGAACCUGGAUGCCCUUCACGAUAAGCCGCCGCCAUACUCGGAAGUUGACCCUCAUCCGGUCGCUUCGCGGCAGUAGCAUCUUGCCAGCUGCGGAGAAACGGGUUUCCGCGGCCUGUGGUAAUAAGCAAGCCAAAGGUGACCGCACGGGGCUGAAGCGAAGCAGCUAGAACGAAGGAAUGCAUUUGAACCCGCAUGUUCGAGUCCCGGGUAGACCGGACUCAGCGUACAUGUCCAUACAUCUCUCGUCUUCCAGUCCGAGUGCGAACCGUAUAAAGCAGCAGCUUCCAGAACCAUGGCAGCUCCGUUCAUUGCGUUACCUAAUCCUCCAUUGACAGAUGUGCUCGGGAGAUCGCAAACCUGGAAACCAACCCUGUUGAGGCACCCACCAUCCUCCUGGAUCACCCCCACCUUAUCAAACCGUUACAUUGGCCUCGCCAUGUGGACUUCUCC